AAAAAAUAUACAGUAGAUCGAUAAAUAAUUGGUAAAAAAAUAUAACAGUAACAAAUAAAGUAUUUAUACAAGAGUUAAAUAUUGUUGCCAACAAGUAGUUUCCAGCCUGGCACCCAAUUCCACGUAGGAUAAUAGUGAAUAAUUUAUGUGGGAAAAAUAAUAAAACACGUGGCAAUGAAUACCAUUUCGCUGAUAAGACGCUUCACUUUCUUCAUCUUCCUCAUACACACUACUCUCAACUCUCAAGCAAAGCAGAAGAAACAAAGCGUGCCUCUCUUCUCUCUCUCUCUCUUCAUCAUUCUCAUCCUCCAUUAACUCUGUUUUCAAAGCUUUUUCUUCACCAGAAACCCCAACACUAUCAUUCCCUUGUUUCUCUAUAAGAAGAAAUCAGCUCCCUCUCAUGGAUCCUUGGGAUAAACAUUCAAUAGACCUUCACCGUCAUCGUCAUCGUCAUCCUUCCUUCUCCUCCUCUCUCCUCGACCAAAUCUACCGCUCCAUAGACGAUUCCUCAACAAACUCCGACGUCUCCAUGAGGAAGAAGCAGCAGCACCACCACCACCAUCACCGUCUCGACGAGGAUCGCGUUUGUCUCGACAAAAUUCUCGUUAACCGCCGCGAAAUCGCCGACGAUUUCGUUAGAUCUAGAAAUCCCAAGACCGUAGAACCUGUUUUCUUCAAGCAUUCAAGCUCCAGCUCCUCUGAUUCAAGCGGAUUCUCGUCUUCCGGGUCCGAUUCCUUCUACAAACGAUCUAGAUCGUCGCGCUCUCCGCCGGCGAUUGGUCACCCGAAGCCAAUUCGAACCACCGUCGAGAGAUUCGAACGGUCGCCGCAGAUUCACCGACCUAAUAAUAAACAGGAACAUGGAAGCUUUCUCAGAACGAAAUCCAAAGCUUUGAAGAUUUACAGCGAUUUGAAGAAAGUGAAGCAGCCGAUUUCUCCCGGCGGUCGUCUCGCCACUUUCCUAAACUCGCUUUUCACCGGCGCCGGAAACACAAAGAAACCGAAUAAAAUUAACACCACCGUCCCCGUCGCCGCCGCCGCGUCCUCCACCACGUGCUCCUCCGCGUCCUCCUUCUCUAGAUCUUGCUUGAGCAAAACUCCGUCGUCUAGUGAAAAAUCGAAAAGAUCCGUACGUUUCUGUCCCGUCAAUGUCAUCCUCGACGAAGACUCCAAGCGUAAUGGUCACAACAACAAAUUGUACGGAAGCAACGAACGUGAAUCCACUCGACAUCAUCAGAACUUCGAUACUCUUGAGAUCCGAGUCGUGGAGGAGAAUCGUCGCGUAAUUGAAGCAGCCAAGGAACUUCUCAGAACUUACCAUAAGAAUAAAGACGUCGUCAACAUCUCCGGCGAAGAAGAAGAAGAAGACGAAGACGACGAAGACGAUGCUGCGAGUUGCGCGAGCUCCGAUCUGUUCGAAUUGGAUAAUCUAUCGGCGAUAGGAAUUGAAAAGUAUCGAGAAGAGCUUCCCGUCUACGAAACAACUCGCUUGAAAACGAAUCGUGUAAUUUCCAGAUGAAGAACUAUUGUCAAAUUAAAUUAAUUGCUUAGUAAUAUUAAUUAUUAAUUACUGGUUUGGGGGUGGAUUAAUUAAUUUUGGAUACUGAGUGAGGUUAUAUGUAUGUAGUGU